AUGAGCUCUAUAUAUUCUGAUGAACAUCGGCGAUUUGUUCAAUCAUGUAUGUUACAUGGAAGCGUCACUGUUGAAAAUGCCCUGAAAAUUUUGACGUUAAUUUGGGCCAAAUCUCAUCCGGGUAGCCCUGCUCCAUCGGAGGAGACAUUGGAACAGGUGGUCAAUAAAGCCAACAUGCGUCUGUUACGUUAUCAACACCGAAUAGUUCGAUUGGUGUACGAUCCAACAAAUACAGCUUACUACGUGUUUGCUAAUUUGUCCGAUACUGCGAUGGACCGUUUUCAAACAACCUAUCCGGAAGCCGAACUCAGCUUCUUCCGGGUUCUUCUGUGUGAAUUGGCUGAAUCCGAAAACCAUCAGCUGGGGCAGAUCCAGUGUUUAAACUUAACAGGCAAAGUUAAAGGUGGUGGGCGCAUCGUAAGCAAGAACCGGGCUGAAGAGCUUAUCGCCGAUUGGAUAACGACCGGAUAUUUAACACUGCAUAACGGCGAGAUUCGUUUUGGACCUCGGGCGAUAGUUGAAUUUGACCAUUACUUGGUCAAUCACUUCGCUGAACAUAUGACAAACUGUCGCCUCUGCAAGCAGACUUUGUUCUACGGUGUUAAAUGCAACAAAUGCUCUGAGAUAAUGCACGUUGCAUGCCUGAAAAAAUACAUUGCUAAAAUGAAAAAGUGCCCUGCGUGCAAGAACACAUGGACGGAAUUGCAAUGA